UUUAGGGUGUGGGACAACUCCUACUUUCCAUCGGGUUUUGAUUGGCUUUCAAAAGAGGCUGUGUCCUAUAAAUUUCCAUCUUCCCUCUGCUCCUCCUCUAUCACCGGCUGCGAGACAGUGUGUUUGAAGGAGGAAGAUGCCAAUUGUCAAAACUGUGAGCAGAGCUGUCAGCCAGCUGCUGCAGAGCUCUGGUUGUGGAUGUGGGAUUUCCAUCGUGCCAAUUCGAUGCAUUGGAGUCUCACCCCGCCAGGUUGCCUCCGAUGCUAGCUUUCACUCGGUUUCUUUUUCCGAGUCUGAUCAUCCUCGGGUGCUAAUUACAGGUGGCCUUGGCCAGCUUGGAGUGGGACUUGCUAAACUUUUGAGGAAACGCUUUGGAAAGAACAACGUGAUCUUGUCUGACAUUAGAAAGCCUGCGGAUAAUGUUUUUUAUAGCGGUCCUUUUAUCUAUGCGGAUAUCUUGGACUACAAGAAUUUACGUGAGAUAGUGGUGAAUAAUCGGAUAACUUGGCUGUUCCACUACAGCGCUUUGCUCAGUGCUGUUGGAGAAGCAAAUGUCCCUUUAGCCAGAGCUGUAAAUAUUACUGGUUUACACAAUGUUCUGGAUAUUGCAGCUGAGCAUCAUUUGAGACUCUUUGUUCCAAGCACUAUUGGAGCUUUUGGACCCACUUCGCCUCGAGAUCCAACUCCUGAUCUGUGCAUUCAGAGACCGAGGACAAUCUAUGGAGUCUCCAAGGUUCACGCUGAGCUCAUGGGAGAAUACUACCAUUACCGGUACGGCCUAGACUUCCGCUGCCUGAGGUAUCCAGGAAUUAUAUCUGCUGACUCUCAGCCUGGUGGGGGAACAACAGAUUAUGCUGUCCAGAUUUUCCAUGAUGCCAUGAAGACUGGCAAAUUUCAAUGCAACCUAAAACCAGACACUCGACUCCCUAUGAUGUAUAUUGAUGACUGUCUGAGAGCGACUCUAGAGGUCAUGGAGGCCCCUGCAGAGGCCCUGAGCAUGAGGACAUACAACAUCAGUGCCAUGAGCUUCACUCCAGAAGAGCUGGUGCAGGAGGUGCAGAAGCAUGUUCCAGAGCUCCAGGUGACCUACAGUGUGGAUGAAGUCAGGCAAGCCAUAGCUGACAGCUGGCCAAUGAACUUUGAUGACAGGAAUGCCCGAAGGGAUUGGGGUUGGAAACAUGAUUAUGAUCUCCCUGAGUUGGUGACUACGAUGUUCAGCUUCCUUGGGUCUGACUCCAGGAUUGCUCAAGCUAACUGAAAUACUUUGUAAUAUGUUUCCAGAUUUCCACAGAGGACCAGGAAGAAAUGGCUAAAUUAGUUUAUAAUUUUCUGAGUCUUAGAGCAUGUCAGUUAUUAAUUUUCGUAAGUAGCAAUAGAGUUGGGCAGAAACAUACUGUAGCUGGAAUGUGCUAUUAGAUAAAUCAUAUCAUUUGGUACAGUCUCCAAACACAGCACUGAUGACAAACAGAGAAUUCUUGAACUUGAGCAACUAGAAAAAACAAAAAGGCAAAGCACUUACUUACUCCUGGCUGAUGGCUCUCCAAUCAUUCCUGCUUCCUGCGUCUUCUUUGGCAAACAAUAUGGGGUAAUAUUGUUAAACCUGGUGUUUCAGGCACAUCCCGCAAAGUUAACGUUAGGUUUUCGUUUUCCUGGUGGAGGAUAUCAGGGUAUAGUAAGAUAUGAUCCUUUCUACUCUUUGCUUACAAAAGAGAUUAGAAGAGCUACUUCAUGUUUCUAGAUGGCAGGGGUCAUUGCAAUUCUAGUUUGAAAUCAAACUUUGGUUGAUAGUUCCUAUUUAUAUAUAGAGAGAGUGCUGUAUAAGCAUACACUUUUCUAUACAUAGGGCAUACAAAGUUGCAUUAGUCUUAUAA